UCAAUAUAACGAGAACAAGAAGCCAAAUUUCUCUAAUCUUUAUUCUUCAUUUGAUGAGCAGGGAAUUGAUUGGAUAUUGGAUACAAUAACUGGGCGUUGCAUGUCUCUGUAAAUGGAUAGCUUUAGAAAAGCAUAUGGGGCGCUCAAAGACACCACCACAGUUAGCCUAGCCAAGGUCAAUAGCGAAUUCAAGGAUUUGGAUAUUGCAAUUGUCAAGGCCACCAACCAUGUUGAAUGUCCUCCGAAAGAACGGCACGUUAGAAAAAUUUUUGCUGUGACAUCUGUAUCUUGCCCGAGAGCUGAUGUUGCAUAUUGCAUCCAUGCAUUGUCAAGAAGACUGGCAAAGACGGGCAGUUGGAUUGUUGCCCUAAAGACAUUGAUAGUCAUUCAUAGGACAUUAAGAGAGGGAGAUCCUACCUUCAAAGAGGAGUUUCUAUACUAUUCUCGUAGAGGACAUUUAUUUCAAAUCUCCAAGUUCAAGGAUGAUUCAAGCCCUCACGCUUGGGAUUGCUCUGCUUGGGUCCGAACAUAUGCACUCUUUUUGGAGGAAAGACUCGAGUGUUUCAGGACCUUAAAAUAUGAUAUAGAGUCGGAACAAUUGAUCAAAACAGCUUCUGGAAUAUCUAAGAUACGUAGUCGAACGCGGAUCUUGAAUGCUGAACAACUGUUGGAGAUGCUACCUUCAUUGCAGCAGCUUCUCUACCGCCUAGUUAGUUGCCAGCCCCAAGGAGCAGCUUGCUACAAUUAUCUCAUCCAGUAUGCCUUGGCCCUGGUAUUGAAAGAAAGCUUCAAAAUAUAUUGCGCGAUCAACGAUGGGAUCAUUAAUCUUGUUGACAUGUAUUUUGAUAUGGCCAAACAUGAUGCUGUCAAAGCUCUCAAUAUAUACAAAACAGCAGCUAAACAGGCAGAACAAUUAGCUGAUUUUUAUGACUUCUGCAGAACUUUGGACCUUUCUCGCACCUUCCAAUUCCCUAUCUUGCGACAGGCGCCUCCCUCGUUUCUAGCAACCAUGGAGGAAUAUGUAAGGGAAGCACCUCAGACAGGUGCAAUGUCAAUUAAGAGACUGGAGUAUGAAGAGUAUCCAAAGCCAGAAGAAGAGACUCAGAAACCUGAAGCAUCAACCCCUGAAGAUAAUAAUAACAUUUUUUUGUUACUAUAUAAGCUAUCUAAUCUAUUAGAAAUCUUGCAGCCCCAAGGAGCAGCUUGCUACAAUUAUCUCAUCCAGUAUGCCUUGGCCCUGGUAUUGAAAGAAAGCUUCAAAAUAUAUUGCGCGAUCAACGAUGGGAUCAUUAAUCUUGUUGACAUGUAUUUUGAUAUGGCCAAACAUGAUGCUGUCAAAGCUCUCAAUAUAUACAAAACAGCAGCUAAACAGGCAGAACAAUUAGCUGAUUUUUAUGACUUCUGCAGAACUUUGGACCUUUCUCGCACCUUCCAAUUCCCUAUCUUGCGACAGGCGCCUCCCUCGUUUCUAGCAACCAUGGAGGAAUAUGUAAGGGAAGCACCUCAGACAGGUGCAAUGUCAAUUAAGAGACUGGAGUAUGAAGAGUAUCCAAAGCCAGAAGAAGAGACUCAGAAACCUGAAGCAUCAACCCCUGAAGAAAGUGAAAAACUAGUUGCAGAAGUUGAAAGUGAAGAAGAGCAGAUUGAUGCACAAGAGGAACCUCAGACUGGAAAUGAAGAGGAAAUUGGACCACAAAUAUCAGCUGAAGAGCCUGUUGAUCUGCUGGGUCUGAAUGAAGUAAAUCCGAAAGCCCUAGAAUUAGAGGAAAGCAAUGCAUUGGCUCUUGCCAUUGUUCAACCUGGCGAUGAAGGACUUCCAAUGCAUAAUGCAUGGAGUGAAAUCGGAAAAACUUCAGGAUGGGAGUUGGCGCUAGUUACUGCACCAAGCAACAAUAAAAGCCAGGUGGCAGAGACCAACAUGGCUGGGGGGUUCGACAAGCUAUUGCUUGAUAGCUUAUACGAAGAUGAUUCUUCCCGGAGACAAUUACAGCUGCAGAAUGCAGGCUACAAUGCCAGUUACGGACACGAAAUGGCCAUGCCAAAUCCAUUUGAUCAACAAGACCCCUUCACCAUGUCGAAUAACUUUGCACCACCAAUAAAUGUGCAGAUGGCACACAUGUCCCAGCAACAGCAAAUGAUGAUGCAACAGCAGCAGCAAAAUAUGAUGGUACCCUAUCAACAUAAAACUCAAUAUUCGCACUCACAAAUGGCACAAAUGGGAUCCUCAAACCCAUUUGGAGAUCCCUUUGUCUAUCCACAGAGUGCUAUGCCACCACAGGGAAACCAUACAUUACUUUAAAGGUCGAAUUUCCCCUUCUGUUCAUUCUUAUUUUUCAAUUUUUCAAUUUUCCAGUGAGAAGUUAGAUAUUGUAGCUUUUGCACUAGUCGAUAAGUACACUGUAAUGAUUACUUUUGAAUUCGACAUCAAUUGUGGAUGGCCUGCCUUGGGGCUAAUAAGCAUGUUGG